UGCUGUGGUGUCAGAUUUUCGAAGAGAAUAUUUUAAUUUAUAUUACAAAACGGUAUGUGUGUAAUAUACGCAGUCAUAUCAUUUUUCUCUAAAGCGUUCAGUUCGUAACAUUUAUUUUCACUGACAAGAAACCAUGUCUAAAACGAAAAACAUUCCAAAUAACUUAACCAAGUGGGAUCUGUCAGAAGAUUCCCUGGCACCAUUAACUGAUUAUCAAAAAGAAUGUUUAUUGAGUUUAGAAGAAGAAUUGUUUCCUGACAGUAAGGUCAAAACUGAGGAAAUAAGUGAUACGGUAUGCACAAAUGGAGAAACUAUGAAAUCAGUACAAAUAGAACGAUGUCAAGAUUUGCUAGAACAUUAUGAUGCAUUAGAACAAAAGUGUAUGGACAGGAAAGAUAUGAAAUAUAAGUUAUACCUUAAUGAACUUCAAGCUCGACGACAAGAAUGUAAUGAACUUUGUCUACAAAUAGAAGAUGCAUUGGAAAACUUUACAAUGUUAUCUAAACAAUAUUCAGAGGUCUCUGAUAAAACAGUAUCUCUUUAUGAUGCAAGUGAACAGCUUGAUUCUGAUCAACGAAAAUUAAAUUCUACAAUAGAAAGUAUCACAGAAUAUGUGAAAUAUUUUAAGGAUAUUGAUAUGAUGAUGGAAAAAUUAGAAGCACCAACAUUAUCAGUAAACAGUGAAAUGUUCUUCAAUAUAUUGGAUAAAAUUGAUAGUAACAUAGAUUUUGUGCAGAAUAAUCCUUCCUUUAAAGAAAGUAAUACCUAUUUAAUUAAAUAUAAACAUUGUCAAUCUAAGGCAAUAUCUAUGAUUCAAAAUUAUAUUUUUAACUUGUUUAGCAAAACAACAGAGAGCAUUUUAAAUUUGAAAGACAAUGAUGAUUCCCAAGAUAAUACAGAUGCAGCUUUAGCUUUGUUUUAUGGAAGGUUUCAAACUAUUUUAUCAAAAGCUAGGCCAGUUAUAGAACAAAUUGAAGCAAAAUCUUAUAAACGACAAGAAUAUGAUAGCUUAUUAUCUGAGUGCCAUCAAUGUUAUUGGAGUCAAAGGGGAUUAGUAUUAGGUGAUUUGGCAUAUCCAGAAAAAUUAAAAAUGAUGGAAGAUAUAGCAGAGUCAAUAAGAGAAGAAUCCAGACAAACAAAGAUUAAAAGAAUAUCUGUUUCAUCUAAUGAUGAAAAUGUUCUAGAACCAAUAUCCAGAAAUCAUAUAGAAAUAGAUACCAUUUAUCAAAAAACACAUAUGGGUAAUUCACCAGCGGAUCUUCAUGGAAUGUGGUAUCCUACUGUUCGCAGAACAUUAGUAUGUUUAUCAAGAUUAUACAGGUGUGUGGAUAGAUCAGUUUUCCAAUCUUUAAGUCAGGAAGCCAUAUCACUUUGUGUUCAAAGUAUAGAAAAUGCAAGGCAAGAAAUUGAAAAAAGAGCAUCAUCUUUGGAUGCAGAACUAUUUCAAAUAAAACACUUGCUCAUUUUGCGUGAACAAAUUGCACCAUUUCAAGUGGAUUUUACCAUAAAAGAAUACAGUUUGGAUUUCUCAAAAGUUAAAACAGCAGCAUUUGGUUUAUUAGAGAAGAGCUCAAGACUUUUUACACUAUCAAAUAAUGCAUUAUUAGAAUUUCUAUUAGAGGGAGCACCUCAGAUGAAGGAACAAUUAAUAGAUUCCAGAAAACAUGUGGAUAAUAAAUUAAAGUAUGCCUGUCAACGUCUCAUACAAUAUGCAACAUUUUUAUUAAUACACCCUAUUUUGAAAUUAUUAGAAAAAGAAAAGUUACAUGUUAAUAAUCCAGAUGCAUCUCAAGAACAUAUGCUUGGAAGUCCUCAAGAUGUUGCAGCAGCAAUUAGUGAGGUAUUGCGAAUAAUUAAAUUUAAAUGUCCUGAAAUCCAACACCUGAUGCAAUUAUAUCUCUCUAAUAAGGAAACAGAAUUUAUUUUAUUUAGACCAGUAAAAAAUAACGUUUGUGCUGCAUUUACACAAUUAUAUCAAAUAUUGAGUAAAUAUUAUAAUUCAGAGGAACUUCUAUUAAUUGCAUGUCCAUUACCAGAACAAAUUUCUGUCAUAUUAAGCUCAACCAGUCUUGUCCAUGGAAAAAAGAAUGAAAAACCUCAAAGAAAAGAUUCAAAGAAAACGUAG